AUGCCUUCGCGAAAACCUAGCAAGUUUGGGAACAAGUUCCGAUCAGGUGCAGCAUCGUCUAAUCCACGUCGCACGAAAACCGUCGAGUUCGCAUCCUUACGAUCAACCGAGGCCACAUCUCAAGAUGAGAAAUUCGAGGCCAUUCGACUGGCCAACACCAUCGAUGAAUCUCUCGGAUUCCCACGUUUCGAGUCUGGCGAGACAAGAGCUGGCUGGCUUAUCAACAUGCACAGUACGACAAUAGAAGAUGACAAUGUGCCAGGAGGCCGCGCUGGUGUGGAUUAUUACUUUCUUCAAGACGACGGAGGAAGUUUUAAAGCCACCGUCGAAUAUGACCCGUAUCUUCUCAUCGCUGUUAAGAAAGGCCAUGAGAUGGAAGUAGAAGAAUGGUGUCGGCGAAACUUCGAAGGAUUGAUCAAGAAUUUCAAAAGAGUCGACAAGGAAGACUUGGAUCUCCCAAACCACCUUCUCGGAUAUCGGAGGACAUUCAUCAGGUUGAACUUGGCCAAUGUUAGCAACUUACUUGAGGUUCGACGGACCCUUUUGCCGCUGGCAGAGAAGAACAAGAAAAAUGCGACUGAGAUGGACGCAUAUGCGGAAAUGACUAGUGUAACCACUGGCUUCGACCUGUUUGAUGACGAAAUAAUUAAUGAGCAACGACCUAAUGCCAACAUGCAAGCGAGUGAUUUUAUUGUUGAUAUUCGAGAGUAUGACGUUCCAUACCAUGUGCGAGUAUCAAUCGAUAAGGAUAUUCGAAUUGGAAAGUGGUACAGUGUGCAGUCAAAGCAAGGCGUGAUAUCCUUGACAUGUCUGGAAGACCGACUUCAACGUGCCGAUCCUGUCGUCCUAGCCUUUGAUAUUGAGACUACGAAGCUUCCUCUCAAGUUCCCCGAUGCUGCCUUUGAUCAAAUCAUGAUGAUUUCUUAUAUGAUUGACGGACAAGGAUUUCUUAUCACGAAUCGUGAAAUCGUAUCGGAAGAUAUCAAUGAUUUUGAGUACACACCCAAACCUGAGUACCCAGGUGCUUUUGUGAUUUUCAAUGAGCCAAACGAGAGAGGCGUUUUAGAGCGAUUCUUUGAACACAUCAAGAUUGCCAAACCCACCGUCAUCGCGACGUACAACGGUGAUUUCUUCGAUUGGCCAUUCGUUGAAGCAAGGGCAAGUGUUCAAGGAAUUGAUAUGUACACCGAAAUCGGGUUUAGAAAGAACAGCGAAGAUAUCUACCAAGCUGAUUACUGUGUGCACAUGGAUUGUUUUGCGUGGGUGAGUCGUGACAGUUAUUUACCCCAAGGAAGUCGUGGCUUGAAAGCUGUGACGGUCGCAAAGCUUGGAUACGACCCCGAUGAGCUUGAUCCAGAAUUGAUGACCCCUUACGCGAGUGAGCGGCCCCAAACGCUGGCUGAAUACUCAGUUUCCGAUGCUGUCGCGACCUAUUACUUAUACAUGAAAUAUGUGCACCCUUUCAUUUUUUCGCUGUGCACUGUUAUUCCCCUCAACCCAGACGACACACUGCGAAAGGGAACUGGAACCUUGUGUGAAAUGCUUCUCAUGGUCCAGGCUUACCAAAAUGAGAUCGUUCUGCCCAAUAAGCAUAAGGACCCCCCUGAAACAUUUUAUGAGGGUCAUCUGCUCGAAUCCCAAACAUACGUUGGUGGUCACGUCGAAAGUAUUGAAGCUGGAGUUUUCCGAAGCGAUAUCCCUGUUACCUUCACGGUUGAUCCAACUGCGAUCGACGAGCUCAUUAAGGAUCUUGACCACGCCCUCAAGUUCAGUGUUGAAGUCGAGGAGAAAAAGUCACUGGAUGAUGUCACAAACUACGAAGAAGUCAAGGCCCAAAUCUUGGAACGAUUACUUGAUCUGAAGAACAACCCUACAAGAAAUGAGGUUCCCUUCAUCUAUCACUUGGAUGUUGCUGCCAUGUAUCCCAAUAUCAUGAUCACUAAUCGUUUACAACCCGACUCUAUGAUUGAUGAGUCUAACUGCGCUGCCUGCGAUUUUAACCGACCCGGUAAGUCUUGCGACAGGCGCAUGCCCUGGGCCUGGCGUGGUGAAUUUUUGCCCGCAAAGCGCGACGAAUAUAACAUGAUUCGGCGGGCGACUGCCAAUGAGCGCUUUCCAGGACGACACAAAAACUCCCCCAUGAGAUCAUUUGGGGAACUCAGUAUUGAAGAACAAGCUGGCGUGGUGAAGAAGCGACUACAAGACUACAGCAAGAAGAUUUAUCACAAAAUCCACGACAGUAAGACUAUGGUCCGUGAGGCGAUCAUUUGUCAAAGAGAAAAUCCUUUCUAUGUUGAUACUGUACGAAAUUUCCGUGAUCGUCGAUAUGACUUCAAGGGAAAGCAGAAAGUAUGGAAGAACAAAACAGACUCUUUACAGUCAUCUGGUGCUUCUGCCGCUGAGAUUGAUGAGGCCAAGAAAAUGAUCGUGCUUUUCGACUCCCUACAACUUGCCCAUAAGGUUAUUCUGAACAGUUUCUACGGUUAUGUCAUGCGAAAGGGUUCUCGUUGGUAUUCCAUGGAGAUGGCCGGUGUUACUUGUCUUACGGGUGCCCAUAUUAUUCAAAUGGCGCGAGAGCUGGUUGAACGUAUCGGCCGACCCUUGGAACUUGACACUGAUGGUAUUUGGUGUAUGCUUCCAGGAACCUUCCCCGAAAACUUUACAUUUACCCUGAAGAAUGGGAAGAAGCUAGGAAUCUCGUAUCCAUGUGUUAUGCUUAACCACCUUGUUCACGCGAAGUAUACAAAUCACCAGUACCAGGCGCUUGUUGAGCCUUCAACCCACAAAUAUCAAACAUACAGCGAAAACUCCAUUUUCUUCGAGGUUGAUGGUCCAUACCGAGCUAUGAUUUUGCCAACCUCAAAGGAGGAAGACAAGAAUUUGAAGAAACGAUAUGCUGUCUUCAACCACGACGGAUCCUUGGCUGAGUUGAAGGGUUUCGAAGUCAAGCGACGAGGAGAGCUGAAAUUGAUCAAGAUCUUCCAGACACAACUCUUCAAAUUUUUCUUGGAGGGUAACAACCUGGCGGAGACGUAUGCUGCCGUUGCACGUGUUGCCGAUCGAUGGCUGGAUGUGCUUUACGAAAAGGGUGCUACGCUGGCGGACGAAGAGCUGAUAGACCUCAUUUCGGAAAACCGAAGCAUGUCAAAAUCUCUGGAGGAGUAUGGAACUCAAAAGUCUACAUCCAUCACUACAGCCAGGCGUCUGGCAGAGUUUCUGGGCGAACAAAUGGUCAAAGACAAGGGCUUGAACUGCAAGUACAUUAUCUCCUCGAGACCAAGGAAUACCCCUGUCACCGAACGAGCUAUCCCUGUUGCCAUUUUCUCUGCUGAGCCGGCUGUCAAGCGAUUUUUCCUGCGUAAAUGGCUCAAAGAAGACCCUGCUGAUAUGGACCCUCGGACCAUCAUUGAUUGGGACUACUAUCUUGAACGUCUGGGAUCAGUGGUGCAAAAGCUCAUCACGAUUCCUGCUGCAUUGCAAAAGCUUAGGAACCCCGUUCCUCGCGUUGCUCACCCAGAUUGGUUACAGCGCCGUAUCAACCAAAUGGACGACAAGUUCAAGCAAAAGAAGAUGACUGACAUGUUUACGAAAUCGGACAAAGCACCACUCUCUUCUAUAUCCACUAAUAUUUUGGAACAUCGUGUUCAGCAUGUCGGUGACAUGGAUGAAGCCAUUGCGAACUCGACCCAGAAAAUUAAGUCACCUGAAGCCAAGGUGUCCCAAAAAAGAAAGCACCCUGAGACAGCCCAGAAUACAGCUCUCGAUCCAUUCGCUACCCUCCCCGCUGUCAUGCCGUCCAUCAAUGAUGAUUACCAGGAUUUCCUGAAAUACCAGAAACAGAAAUGGAAGAUUCAGAAACAAGCCCGAAUCCGCCGCCGUCAACUAUUUGGUGAUCGAAUGAACGUUGCAUCAGACUCGCUGGGUGGCUUCUUCCGCAGUCAAGCACAGAUGUUGUAUAUCAGUACAUGGCAGGUGUUGCAAUUGUGCGAAACUGGUCGGCCUGGUAUUGUGCGAGCCUUCGUUCUCAUCGAUCAAAAGAUCCAUGCACUAAGCGUGAAGGUUCCGCGACAGUUUUUUGUGAAUUUGAAGCGAGAUUCAUUACCUGACAUUGAAGUGCCUGACUGUGAGGUCGAAAAGGUUAACCACACAUUGCCCAAUGGACAUCCGUCAGUCCAUCUCUUCAAAGUGUCCUUAUCAGAAGACACCUUCCUCGAAGAGGCAGAUAAGAUGGAGGCAUUGUUCCAACACUCAAGUAUCGAGGGUGUAUAUGAGCGAAAUCUCUCACCGAGUAUCAGAGCGGUGCUUAAGCUGGGUAGCCACUGCACUUUUGAUGAAGAGCAGCGCGGUGUUUUGGGCGAAGGACUCGAGAAAGGGUUCGAUCUAUCCACGUUACUUCAUGCUACAUCUGAUCAGCUUUACCUUGCGGAAUCUCCCCUCGCUUAUCAUUACCUUUAUCACGUUGCUUCUGGUGACAGACAAGUGUUUGCGUUGUUCUCAACAACGAAAAACGAGGCCCAUAUUGUCAUUCUCAACCGCACAAGGGAUGUUCAAGGCCUCCCGAACGUCGACAAAAUCUAUUCCGAGCUUCUUGGUCGGAAGCUUCAAGAUGGAUCGAGUGAUGAGACACAGAAUGCAUUCCAAUACCAAGAUAAAAUCCACUUCAAGACUACCCAGGUGAUGACCCGAAGAAAGGCGCACCUCGAGGUUGGCGACUUGGUAAGAAAGCUUCGAAGUGAUGAGACCCAGCCAGCAGUUCUAGUCAUUCAAUCUCAACAGAAAGACCGCCUCUGUCACGAUAUUCCCAUCCUCAGAGAGUACCCAACUUUGUCCGUCAAACCUGAAGUAUCAGAUAUGGAUCUCCCACCACUGGGCUGGCAGUCAUUCAUUGCCCGGCGCCUUGUGACCCAUUAUUUGUAUUUGUCCGCUUGGAUCCAACAUUUAACCCUUCUGGCUCGAUACGGAGACGUGCCUCUUUGCAAUCUGGAAACCGAUGACCCGCGGUACCUGAUUGAUAUUUCGUAUGCCAGACGACUCCAGCAAAGCAACGUUGUCUUAUGGUGGUCAGAAGCGCCUCGUCCAGACCACGCCGGUUACGAGAAAGAUGACCUUACCGGAUCAUUAGAGAAGGUCAACAUGCCCUCUGUGAACGUACCGAACGCCUAUGCCACGGUCUGCAUCGAGUUAGAUGUUCGUAAUCUCGCUAUCAACACGAUUCUCACAUCCUCGAUUGUCAAUGACAACGAUGGAAACGAUGCUCUUUUAGCCUCAGGGAACGGAGAGGAUACUGGAGUUUUGUACUCUGAGAAAGCAUUUGCAUCUGCCGGUGCGCAUGUUCUGCGGGAAAUGGUUAAAAAUUGGUGGACUGAGGCCUGUGCUGGAAAUAGCAUGGCUGAUAUCAUGGUCCAGCAUUUGAUCCGAUGGGUGGAGAGCCCGGUCUCGUGUCUUUACGACAGAUCUUUGCACAAUUACGUACGAAUGCUGUCACGGAAAUCAUUCCAAAGAUUGAUGGCUGAAUUUCGACGAGUUGGAUCCAACGUCGUUUUUGCCAGCUCCACGCGUCUCUUGCUACAGACCACGAAGACAGAGGUAGGCAAUGCGUACGCCUAUAGCCAGUACGUUUUGAAAUCAAUUCGGGCAAACCCAUCCUUCCAUUUCAUUGAUCUCGAGAUCAAGGAGUACUGGGACUACCUUGUCUGGUACGAUGAAUAUAACUACGGUGGUAAGGGAUGUCGAGAGGUGGUGGAAGCCGACAACCAAGACCUUGAGACCGUUAUGCAUUGGCAGCUCAAUCGUUUUUUGCCGGCACCUAUGCAGACUAUCUUCCACGAUUGGGUGGUUGAGUAUAUCGAGCUGAUGCACACGUUGAAACGACCUGAUCUCCAGGAUGGCAAUAUGUCUUCUACCCCUCGUAUGACUCAGAUUCCUAUCGGACAGCCGGGUGACAAGGAAAGCGAGGAGAUCACCGCUAUUCUAGCUGAAAGAUUCUCCAAGCCUCUGAAGAAGCAAAUCACCGGCCUGAUUCGCCGCCAGCGUGAUGAACUGCUUCAUCCUGAGCUUGCCUCCGACUAUGCCUUCCCCGUUCUUCCAGGUGUCCUGGUUGAUCCUGCCAACGACAAACGCAACCCAGCACUCGAAUUGGUGAAAUUGCUCAUGCAAGUUCUCAGUUUGUCCAAGACAACUACGCUGGAAUCCCGACUGCUUCGUCGCGAGUUGCUGGCACUAUUUGAAGUCCGUGAGUUCAGUAAGGAGGGUCGGUUCGAGAACCCAAGCACCAACCUCAAACUCACGGAGCUGACCUGUAACGCCUGCUGUCUCAUUCGCGACCUGGAUUUGUGCCGUGACGAGGAUGUACUGCCAGACCCUGGCACCGAAAACAUCAACACCCCCAAACCGUGGCGUUGUCCGUUCUGUCAGACAGAAUAUGACCGGCUUGCCCAGGAGGAAGUCCUCAUUGGCCAGGUUCACGGUCUUGUGGUUGAGUGGCAGACGCAGGAUCUCAAAUGUUCCAAGUGCCGCAAUCUUCAAGUGAGCGAAUUCAUGGAACACUGCUCUUGUAGCGGUGUCUGGGCACCGACCGUGGAUCUCAACGAGAUAAAGAGAAAACUUUCAGUCUUACAGAGUGCAGCCAAGUUUCAUAGCCUACAACUGCUGGAGAAUGUGGUUAACGGCGUGCUUGGCCAGAUGUAA